UUAUAUUUUGUAACUAUGAUUUUACGCAUUAUGAAUGUAACUUACUCAACUCAAACAACCCUUUAUCUACUUAUUUCCCAGAAGUAUCUUAUACAACUUUCCUGGGUAAAUCACUUCAAAUUUUUAAUACCCCUGUCAACAAAAGUAGUUACAAAUGGGGCUGCUGUGACGGGCUUCUAGGCUGGCGGAGCCUGGAGCUGACCUCAUCUCCGAUUGUCAUCACGGCGGCCAUCUUUGACUCAGAAACGACUCAAAAUUUCCAGUUUUAUUUUUCGAAAAUUCCGAAUUCGAAAACCUCAAAAGACUUGUCUUCGAAAGGACGAAGAUUUCUAAAGACUGCUUAAUCUAAAAGCAAGCUGCCAUAAGACGCUAUUAUCUAGAAUGUGGCCCUAAUAUUAAAAUUUUUAAUUUUAUGCGUAAAAUUCUGAAAAAUAAUUGCUUACUGCAAAUGUUUAUUUAAUAUAUUUCGGUCUAUGGUUCGAUUCCCGACGAAAGCAAACAUGUAAUAUAUUAUAAACCAAAAAAAUUCUUAUCAAUAAAAAAUUUCUCGCAUCACACACACUAUUUUUAAUUAUGCUGUCACUGUUGAAAUUGUUAUGCCCACCAUACUGAAAAUAUGUUAUUUUUUUGUUAGAUAUUCAGGAACAUUUUUAAAAUUCAUUAAUAAUACUAUUUUAAACCCUGUGGCACAUUUCAUUAUGGUCGCUAUCUCGAAUUCUAGAGCAUUGCACUUUUUGUUAUGGUCACCAUUUUGAAAAUCUGUAAUUAUUAUGCUAGAAAAUCGGAAAAAGGUUUAAAAUAUAUAAAAAUUAAUAGUAACAUUUUAUAUAAAACACUCCGCCAUCUUGGAUUAUGAUGUUAUGCCAGCCAUCUUGAAAAUCCGUAUUUAUCAUCAGAUUUUAAUGGGAAAAAUUAUAAAAAAUAAUUAUUGAGAUUUUAAUAAAAUAUUAUUUAAAAAUGGCGACAUAGUCUUCCUCCAUGAUAUCCACUGGCGGACUGACCUAUCACUUAUGCCAGGGUGUGUGUGACUUUAUAUCCAGCUACUAUGAUGUCAUGUCUGUCAUCUUGUUUUCGUCUGCUAGAGUGCUCUACCAUAACGUUAGUGUAAUUUUUAUUUACUAUAGAGUGCAGUAUUAAUUUAUUAUUACUGAGGCAUCCGCCAUCUUGAAAUUUGGGAACCAUCUUGGAAAUCUGUAAUUAUUUAGCUAGAAAUUCGGGAGAAAUUUCAAAAUUCAGUAAAUAAAAUUUGCCAUUAAUUUACGGAUUGUUUCGAUCCGUGGAUGAUGCAAUAAUGGCAGUUUAUUUAAAAAUAUUACAAAACUGACAGGUUCGAAAAAUGGAACAAAAGUUCUUUUACAAAAUAAAAUUUAUUACAUAAAGUCUACACUACAACAAAAAACAAACACAUCACUUGAUUUAUACAGUCUUCUUAGAGUACGAAGUAAGUCCUUUACAUGGCUUGACAUGAUCCUGUUGAUAGCACAACUAGUCUGCCACAAUUUCUGAUGCAGUAAUAUUAAAUACGUCCAGAGUUAUAACAACAAUGUGUAUUACAUAAUCACAUUGCAAUGAUGACAUAAUUAAAAAUGGUUGGUGUGAUGCAAGAAAUAUUUUUAUUUUUGUUAAGGAUUGUUUACCAUUUAUAAAUUGCAUGCUUACUCUCGCCGGGAAUUAACCAAGGACCAAAAUCUAUUAAUUAACUAAACGUUUGUAGUAAACGAUUUUGUUUUGAAAUUUUUUUCAGAAUUUUUUGGUCGAAAAUUAAAAAAAAAUAAUAAUUUUAAGGUUAAGGUAAGAUCCUGAUAAUAGCGGCUUAUUGCGGCUUGCUUUUUGGAGUCUUAAGCUGUUUUUAGGAAUUUGUGUUAUUUCUAAGGCAAAGAGUCUUUUGAAGAUUUUAGAAUUAAGAAUUUUUUUAAUUUUCUAGGAAUAAAACGGAACAUUUUCCCCUCGAAAUAGGGACACUUUUAUAAAUAUUGAGUCAUUUUUCAGUUCAAGAUGGCCACAAUGAUGACACAAUCAGGAUAUGACGGUCUGCUCCAGGCUCCCAGCCUAAAAGCCUGUCCCAGAAUCUCCAUUUGUACACUACUAACAAACGAUGUGAUAUUGUUUAUAAGUAACAAUAUAUCUGGUAUUUUUUUUAUUAUAUUUAACUUAAUUAAAUAAUAGGUUUUAAAAAAUGUCAAUUAUUUCAAACAAUAUUUAACGUAUAGGUUAUGUUGUGUUUCAGUUAAAAUUAAACAAGACAGUUUUUACUUUUCGGUGCACAUUGUAAGUGCUGAUCUGCCAAGCGAACGCGUCAUCUGUUUGUAGGCACGGAGCAAUUUUUGGCCGCAAAAAUGCGUGACUUCGCAGCUUCUUAAUCCCUCUACUUGUAUUCAACCUCCGGGAAUUCCCCCUCAACUGAGGUUUGGUAUCAGAUUCUUACCGGAUGUAUUCUGUCACUAUCAGCAACGUCUAGAUUUACAUCAUUCUGUCUUGUUUUCUUUUGGUGUUCAAAACUGGCUCGUGAACGAAAAGCUCUCAGUUUGUAACGGUGGCAGCUAGACAUUUAAAUCUCUUCGAGAAAAUAGGACGAAGAUGUCCGCAAGUGACAGCCCACAGGAUGGAAAGACGGACAGCAGGCCUGGGGACGCGACGGACCCCCUGGGACCCGCUGGGAGCGUCGAAGGUCGUGAAGUCGAGCGGGAGAUGAUGCAGCCACAGCUGUUGCCUCCCCGCGACUUGGAGGAUCCUUGGAUACGUCGACUGGUUUCAGUGGAGGAUCCUCUGGAGCUGAAGGAGAGUCUGGGGACUGACGAAGCGGGCGAUGCAGCACCAUGCAAGUGUGAGGAGGCGGAACAUGGGGAGACAGCUGUCGCCCAGUCAAGUGACACUCUGUGGGAAAUACCAUCAUCUCUUCCACAAUCAUUACCAUGUGCAUCUACAUCAUCAUAUGUAUACACACCCACAUCACCAUCAUAUACACCCACUUCACCAUCAUAUUCACCCACUUCUCCAUCAUAUUCACGCACAUCAUCAUAUUCACCCACAUCUACAUCAUACAAACCCACAUCUCCAUCAUACAAACCCUCAUCACCAUCAUAUACACCCACUUCACCAUCAUAUUCACCCACAUCUCCAUCAUACAAACCCUCAUCACCAUCAUAUUCACGCACUUCUCCAUCAUAUUCACCCACAUCCCCAUCAUAUCCACCCACAUCACCAUCAUAUGAUGAUCAAAACUGAGAUUAUCCUAUGUACUUACUAUUAUUUUCACUACCUCUACAUUUAUAUCUAUGCUUGCCAUUUCAUAGUGCAACAUUAGUAUUUGGAUCGCAUAUCCUUGUCACCAUGACUGGCUGCUCAAGGAAAAAAAAAACACACACACACGUAUUGACGAGUCAUGUUUCUCUCUCUCCAUGUCCGUUACUAUGGAGGCUUUUCCUUUUCAUUUGUUUUGAUACAUCUCUUGUGUUUUGUGAUUUCAAAUUUUCUCAACAGAUUACUAAAUAGUAUCUAAUAUCUGUAAAAGGAAUUUUGCACAAAUGUUUACAUUUAUGGUUGUUUGCACAGGGUUACAGCAUACAGAGGAAGCCUGGGGAAAUUAAGAAAAUAUUAACUAAGCCAAACUGGGUUUGUAAUUUUUUUCAUUUUAGAGUUUUAUAGUUUCUACUAAAAUCACAAUAGAUACGUAGUUGAAGACUCAUCUCAUCAAAUUUAAAGAAUCAACUGUAUAUUGUCAAUCAUCAUUUAUCUCCUCACUGUCAGUAAAUUAUCAUUUAACAGUUGAUCAAAUAUGUAUAGUGGGUUUUAUCUUACAACUGACAGCAUUGAUGGAUUCCGUAACAGUGCAAACUUUGUAUAGGGGAAAGAUUUGAUGUGUUACGUGCGGCCAAAACAUGUUUUGAUACAUAUUUGUUAAAACCACUUGCUAGAAAUAACCAAAGGGAAAUUUCUAAAACAUGCUACAUGAUUACCUAAUACAUACUGCAGGUUCUGGUGGUGUUUGUAGUUACCGUAUUGGUCCGAAUAUAAGGCGACCAUUUUUACAUAAACGAGAGAUGCGAAAAUUGGAAGUCGCCUUAUUUUCGCACCCAAGACGUCAGAACUGCAAAUAUUAGUUCCAAACUGAAAGCUACAGUAGAAACAUUGUUACAAAAUGUUCACGAUUUUUUAUAUUAACUAAAACUUCGUUACCUCACACAGGGAAAACGAUAAAUCCACCCAAUAUUGCAGUAAUUCACAAUUGUUUAAAGUUGAAAAUUAAAAUAUUUGUUCUUGAGUAAAAAUGUGAAUGUUGAAGCAUCUCAAAAUGGCAACCUUUUAUUACACAAUUUGUACUUUAUGUACAAUCGCGUGUCAACAUUUACGGUCAUUUAUUUUCAGAUUUUUAACGGAAAUAUUUGUACUAAAAUAUCACAGCUAUUUUCAGAACGAUUGUUUACGUUUACAAAGAACAUUUCGGAUGUAAUGUCUGCCAACUGUCUUUCCACAAUAUUUCUUUGUUGUAAAACGAACAUUGCCGAACACGCACGAAGACGCCAUAUUUACAGGAAUUUGGUACGUUGCUUCAAAAGCUAUUUUAAUAAUUUCACAGUAAUCCACUCUUUAUUUAUGUAAAAUCCUUUCAAACAACAUAAUUAUCAUAGAUUAUUCUUUAAAAUUCAUAGGACAGAGACACUCUUGUCAUAAAGUAAUAUGGACAAAUAUUCGCGAUCACGUCACCGAAGUACCGAAGUUAUUCAUGGCCGUAUGCUUCACCAUGGCAGCUAGCCACUUGUUUUGUUCCGGCAAGCUGCAUUCUGUGUUUGCGUUGUUACAUCUAACACACAAUACUAAAUAGUAAUACGUAUCUUAAGUGAAACGGAAAGUUAAAUGCUGUUUUUUAAGAGUGAUUAAUAGCCAUUGUAUAAAUUUUAAAUUCGUAGAUACAGUAAACUGUGAAAAAUGAACGAUCACACAUAGGUGGAACGGCGGGGAACGGGGAACGAGCUCUAGACAAAUAAACAGCUCUGAAGAUGACAAUGAUGCAGCUGCAUUAGAAUAAACAUACGAAAAAAUUUCUAGUGUAAUACUUUAAAAUGUAAAUAUUUUCUAAUUGUUUUCUUUUGACUUUUAGUGUAGGCAAUUCAAACUUUUUUUAAAAUAAGUAAUGUGAUAAAUAUAAAUUAUUUGUUAUACAUAAAUGCAAAAAGAAUUUAUCAACACAAAAUGUAUGUCUAAUGAAUUUUCACAUUAAUUUCUGCCAAAAUUAUUUUUACAUUUGUUUGGCCUCCUGAAACUGCAGGUCGCCUUAUAUUCGGGCCAAUACGGUACUUUUCAUUUGUGCUCUUGUCAUUAAAUGACAAGGUACCAAUAUGAAACCUAACAUGCAGUUAUAUCAUUUUAGUGUAUUGCUUAUGUAAGUUUUUUUUCUUGCCAGUUAAGCUUUAUUGAUAGUUUUUAAUCAUGGUGCUUUAUGUAUUCUAAUACUGUGUAUAUCAGUGUUCUAACAUUACAGGGGACAUUAGUCUUCCAUACCGUGGACUACCUAAUUGUCUUGAAAUGUGUGUACUUUUAGGGUGGGUGCACGUUAUGAUAAACUCACAAUCAUCCGUCUUACCUGCCCGUCAAUCAUUUGGUGUGGAAAAUUCCGUCCAUCAAAACCUGACCGAAUUUUAACUUUCAACUGAUGAGUGAAAUAAAACCUCCAAAAUAUUAGCAAAUUACCUAUUGCAGGCAACCUUUACUGUCUUAAAAGUUUUUUAGGCAUAUUUAUAUGUUUAGCUGCUUCCAUUAAAUGUUAUUCUUAGGUUUAGGUUUGAACAUAUUUUUAACAACUGAAAAAAAAAAUUGAAUUUGUUUCACGAAGUGCUUAACUGAUCAUUAAUAUUUAUACAAUAUAAAUAUUUACCGGCUUUUAAGAUUUACAGCCUGUUGGCACCAUUAACAUGGGAAAGUAUUUGAUGGCCAUGUAGACUGUUGUGAACUGCCGAGCUCGUUGACGGAUGAUCAUGUGUCCAGCUGAAUCGGACAAGACGCGACACAACAGCACACAAUCCAUUGCGACUGUUUGAACACCAUAUUUUCAUUUUAAGUUACUUUUUUCCGCAUUCUUGAAAUAAAAUUAUUGUUAAGAUACUGCUUCGUCAAAUAUGAACUAUAUUAAGUAUGUCGGAUCUUUACUAAAAAUACUAAUUGAUCUGCAUCCAGAUCCAUUCUGAAAAAUUAUUAAAUAAUGUAAAAUAUUUACUUGCAAGUUAUUUUAAAGUAUUGAUGAAAAAACAAUCCGUUGACAGUUUUUUAGACCAGCACAUGUGCAGAACACUGCAAUCAUCAGACAGUCUGCUCACAACGAAAGUUGCAAUGGUCGCAUCGUAUCUGAUCCUGCGUGCAUUGCCUUUGUAUAUAUCGGAAGGGAACUACUGUUGGGCAAAAUGCCGUAUCUUGUCGUGUCUUCUGUGUGUUCCUGGCCUUGGUAAUCGGCAUCUGAUUUUCCCUAAAAUUACUUAACCCAAAUGAAACUAGUAACUUUGUAAAUUAAUUUGCAGCACAUUCAAUUGUCUUGUGUUUAAAACCGGUUCCCUUUCAACAUUGUUGUAUUGUUUCAAAGAUUGUUGAGAAAAUAUAGCUUGUUUUGUUUCUUUUAUAGUAGUGGGAGUGUUGACAUGGCAUUGGGUGGAAACAACGGUGCAACAAUUAUACUUUAUUCUGCACUUUUAUGUUUUGACACUAAAUACUUUUAAUUUUAAUUACAACAUUACCACGCAGCAUGAAAAAAUUGUGACCUCGUAGAAAUAGAUAUAUUUCAGGCAUUAUUUUGUUUUUCGAAAAAUGUUGAAAGUCUGUGAAGGACAAAAAAAAUGUAGAUUUUGUGUAUCAAUUUUUGGGGUCCUUAAUAUUUUACAUGUUGACUGUAAGGACACACACACUCAACAUGAAUUUGUUGCACAUUGUGUGGUGACCAUGAUUCUUUUUUUUAAAUCCACUGUCUUGGAUGUUGUGUCUAAUAUACUUUUCUAAGAAAAAAUUGAACUGUGAUUUUUAAUUGUUAAGAAGUUCUGCAAGAUGCUAUAUGACCUCAAUGUAUCUUCAGCUCUCAAGUUGACCUGGAUUUUGAAGCGGUGUCUCUUUUUUGAAAAUGUAUUUUUAAUGUAAAGUAAUGAUAAGUACAAUUGUUUGCUCAUAAUGUUUCUUGUGAUUGACGGGAACAAGUAAUUAUUGUAUACUAAUCAAGAUCUUGAUUUGUAAAUUAUAUCCGGCUCUAAACUCUGAAAGUAAAUUAAUUAGUAAAUUGUAAUCACAAGUGGAAAAAAAAAGUAAUAAAUUAUUAUUAAAAAUUAAUUUAUUCUUGUUUUGUAAGAAAUCACUGAUUGUACUGUGCAACACCCAUAAUUCUCUGGACUUCCAGUUCUUUCAUGAUGUUGAGUGGCAGAAAGAGGGAUGCUGUACAGCAUUCAUUUGAACAUUCUGAGAGCCAGAAUAGUGUAUUAACACUUCAUUCCAACCCUGAUUUGAUUCGCGGAUUCAUUUCGCGGUAGGAUAGAGUAGAAAUACUUUUGACAUGAUUGGGCCACAGUUUAUCUGAAGGACUCUGGGCCAAUGAAAAAUCUUUAACAGAAGAAUUAGCGAAUCACUAUCAUUCCAGUCAACAGGUGUUACGAGUCGGUAACCAAUCAGCAGAUGUAAUUUGCACGAGUGCAUAGAGGAUCAUGGAGUCUAUCCUUUAGGGAUUUGAAAUCGCAGUUUUAGAGGUCUCUAGUGAUUUGUGACAAACCUCACAGGCUAAAUAAUUUUUAUUAGAAUUUAUAUCUUGUGAAUACUACAGUGUUGAGAUUUACAUCACAUUAUCAUAAAUAGCUACUAUACAUAUUUGCAAUUUUUCUUCAUAAGGUUUUCCCUGAUGGUAGAUAUUCUGUUAAUAAGUUGGAUUGACGGGGCUUGUUAAAAAGAAUAAAAUAAAAGCACUACACACCUGUGCAUUUUAUUAAGCUAAAUUAUAUUACAGUCAUUUUUUGGAAAACACUAUACAAAGUUUACAACACAACAGGAGAAAGUGAAAUAACCCUCUCAAAUUUUAUUGGAAUGUAAAGAAUUAAGCUCUUUUUUUAUUAUCCCACGAAAGUCUUAAGCAUAAGCCAACAUCAAGUCAUGACAUGAGUUUAUCUGCAUGUUGAGUGGGCGAGAAUAUA